AGCCUUCUGCUACGCAUCAUCAUGAAAUUAAUAAUUAUGUGUUCCCUUCUUGUGUGGGAACAUGCAGUUCUUGGCGUAGAAGACUUGAACAAACGACCAGAUACCCCUAGCGACAGCUUUGGAUCUACAAGCUCUAGCGAUUACGGUCGUUACCCUUACGACAGUUAUGGCGACCGAGAUACAAAAAACAGCACAUACGACGAUUCAAAUAGUGGAAAAUAUAACAAUCCUUACAACAAUAACUAUGACUACGAAGGAGGCUAUGGCGAUAGGUUUGAUUACAGGGAUCGAUAUAAUCCCUCGUAUCAUUCUCGUUACGAUCCUGGUAGCCGUAACUAUGGAGAGGGAUACGCAUACUAUCUUAACGAACCCAGGUAUCCUCCUUACUGGAAUAAUCCAAAUUAUCAUAGAAACGAUUGGAGUCGAUAUAACCCUCCACACCAUUCACGUUACAGACCUAAUAAUGAUUAUGGAAACGAUUUUCCGCUUUACCUAAAUGAGCCCAGACCAAGGUUUCCUCCUCAUCGGUACUACAAUAAUUAUCAAAGAAAUUAUCCUUAUCUUCCUAUAUAUGAUUAUCCUAAUGAUUAUCGCAUUUAUUAUAACCUUGGAACAGGGGAAUUUAGAGUAUCAGAUGAAAACAGAUAUUUUAUGCGUCGUCACCCCGAUUUCCCUCCACCUGGGAUUCAUCGAUCUCGGUACGGAACUCUCAGAAAUAAUUUAGCUUAUGAGCCACAUUUCCCUCCCCGUUACCAUGGUUACGGUAACUAUGGGCCAGGUUAUCGACGAAGCUACAGUAAAGAAGAGACGAGUGUAAAAGUUCUCACCGGAAACGAGUGACUUUUUUUACUAUCUUAAGUUAAAGCAACUAGUUAAUACCUAGUUUCACAUCAAACCCGUACAGUAUUUAACAUCAAGAAGUAUUCCUUGGGCUCUUGUAUUGAUGUUUGUUGUAUUAUGCAUUUCCUUUCAAUGCUAUAUUUUCUGGUAAGAAAUGUGUCUUAGGAUAAUUUGUGCUUGCGAGAUUUUAGGUAAUUUUGUGUAUACGUUGUU